AUGACGUCUGAUGUCGAAGAUCUUACGAGAUUUUACGCUAAUUUACCUUCUAUCUUUGAAAUCGAUCCAUCAACUACUAUUCAAUCAUCGUCUGAUACUAUCAAUACAAUUGUUAAUAAUGAAAAAAUUUAUCAACCAAUAUUUGGUUCAUUCUUAUUUGCUAAUUCUGAACCAUUUACUAGAGCAGCAUUUAUCAAUUCUAUAUCAUCAUCAAUUGAUAUAAAAACAAUACAAAAACCAAAAAUGAAUGAUAAUGAUUCUAUUAUAAAAGAAAAUCAUAUAUCAAAUAGUACUAAUAUUCAAUCAACAUCACAUCCAUCAUUAGUAUCAAUUGAAGAUUUUAGUGAUAUGGAUAAUGAAGAUGAUUUUGAUGGUAUUUCUAUUCAACAUAAUUCUACUUUAAUAAAGAAAAAACUUAAUAAUGAUAAUAAUUUACUUGAUAGAUUUAGUCAUAAUCAUAAUGAAAAUGAUGAUGAUAAUAGUGAUUCAUUUUUAAAUGAUUUUACUGAUGAAGAACAACAACAACAUGAUUCAAUAUCAAUGUCAUUUCUAUUUAAAGAUAUUCCUGAUAUUGAUGAUCCAAAUGAACAUGAACAAGAAGAUGAUGAUAGAAUAUUAUUUGAUCAUAUGGAUAUGUUCGAUCAAUCAGAUUCAAUAUGUUCAUCAUCACCUGAUUCACUCUUAUCAUCAUCGCAUUUACGUGAUGAUGAUGACGAAGAGAUAAAUAAUAAUAAUGAUGAUGACGAUGUCACACUAUGGAAUGAUGAUUUUAUUCUUGGAAAAACAACUUUACAAAAUGAUCGACCAAAUGCACCAUUACCACCUCCAAUAGCUUUAAAUUUAGAUCUACAAGAUCAAGUAGAUUUUAUUGAUUCAUCACCUAGUAAUUCAAUAUGUUCAAAUGAUUCAUUACAUUUAAGUAUUGGUUAUACUGAUCAAGCACAAAUUUUUAUUAAUGAUGGUGAUGAUUUUAUAACAUCAUCUGAUUCAGAUAAUGAUGAUGGUAAUGAUGAUGAUGAUGAUGAUGAUGAUGAUAAAAUUCAUGUUGAAAAUAAUAUAUUCAAUUAUGAUGAUAAUGAAGAAUUAUCUCUACAAAUUAACCUUGAUUAUCAUCGUUCAAGAUCAUCUUCUUCAAUUCUUCAAAGUCUUAGUACAUAUUCAUCAUCACCUAUAGUUACUAUUGAUGAAGAUAUCAAUGAAAUAAAACCUAUUCAAUCAGGUUCUAUUGCUAAAGUUGAUGAUGAUGAUGAUGAUUAUGAUGAUUUAGAAAUAUUUAAUUUUGAUCAAUCAGUAUUAUCUAGAAUAUCAUUAGAAAAUCUUCUUCAAUUAAAAAAUGAAACAAGACAAAAUGAAAUUGUUCAUGAUAUUAUUCGUAUGAGACGUGUGUUUAAUGAACAUGAUAAUGAUGAUGAAUUUAUUGCUAUUAUGCAUAAUCCAAGUAUAUUUGAACAAGUAUUAUAUGAUAGUGAUAAUCAACAGCAAUUGGAUUUAGCCAAGCAAAUAAAUAUUGUUACUAGUAUGGUUCAUACAUCACCACAACCAUUCAUUGAUAAUAAAAUUGAAAGCAAAUCAAUUGAACAUUACCAAAAUAUACAACAACCAUCACCAUCAUCAGCAUCAUCAUUAUCAAUAUCGAACAGCAAAAAGAACAGUCGUUCUAACAUAAAAACAACAAAUAAUUCUUCUACUACUACUGUCAAUCACUUUCUCAUAGAUAAAGAAAAAGAAGAAAAUGUUGAUGCUAUUACUAGUUCUAGUCUAAUAGAAAAGAAAGAAGAGAAAUUAUCAGAAAAGACUUGUUCAAAUAUCAACAGAACAGACAUUAUGAAUAAUAAACAUGAACAACAAAAUCAUUAUCAAAUGAUGAGUUCAGAUGAUGAAUUUGAUAAUGAUUUAGAUUUAUUAAAUACACUUGCUCAACUUCAUGGUUUAGUUUAUAUACCUCGAUUAUCAUCAGAAAUAAAUCAAAAGACAAAUGAACAAAUUCAACAAUAUAAUGAAGAAAAAACUUCAUCAAAAUGUUUUUCUUUAACAUCAUUAACAUCUUCUGGUUUAUUUAAUAAUAAUGAAUCACAUUCUACUGAUAUUAUUUUUGAUUUCAAUGUAGCAUCUUCAUUAAAAGCAUCAACAAAUGAAUUAAAUAAUUCAAUAACAUCAUUAAAUCAUUUCAUAAUUAAUGAUUUACAAAAAACAAAUACAAUAUCAAAUAUAAAUAAUAAUAAUAAUCAUUUACAACAAACAACAAUACGAGAUAAUAUCAAUUCUAAUUUUAAUGAUUUAUACAAUCAAUCCAUGUCUUAUGAAUCUUUACUCAAUGACAAUACAAAUCUCAUUGAUUAUUUACAUUGGCUUAUAAAUCAUUUAAAUGACGAUUUAAAAUCACCAACUAAAUUUCAUUCAAUAGAAAAUCUUGAAAAUCUUAUUCAAAAUAAUCAUACAAUAACAAAUACUAUUCAUCAUACUAAUAAAUUUCAACAAUCUAAUAUUAUUCAAGAAGAAAAUCGUAUGUUAUCCUCUAUCAAUACUGAUAUUACACAAAUUAUUGAAAAAUUAACUUCAAAUAUUCUUCAAUUAAAAUUAGAUGAAAUCAAUGAAUCUAAACAACGAAUUGCAUAUUUUGUUGAUCAACUUUUAUCACAAGCAAUUUAUGAAGUUAAUAAUGAAGAUCAUAAUUUAAUGGUUGAUAAUCUUGAAUCAGUUAUGAAUUGGCAUAAACAAACAGAUGAACAAUUACUCGAUCCAUUUGAUCAAACAUUUGAUAAUAUGUGGAUGAAACAAUUUGAAGUAUCUGAUGACAUUAUAAACCAAAAUAAUAUUGAUAGAAUAUCAUUUUAUUCAAAUACAUUUGAUGAAUCAAAUUUAUUUUCUACUAUAUCAAAUCAAGAAAAUCCUAUACAAGAAUCUCUUUCAUCAUCAUUACUAAUAAAUUCUUUUGAUUCAUCUAUUACAACUAAUAAUUUAACGAAAUAUUCAUUGAUAGAAUCAAUUAGAAAUAUUAAUUCAGAUGAUAGUUCGAUUUUUCAAAAUGAUUUUAUUUUCAAUAAGAGCAAAUCAUCAAUAACGACUGAUGAAAAAAUUAAGGAAGAAAUAACUGAGUCAAAAAAUUUACCAUCAACUGAAAAUGAACAUAUUACUAACGCACCAACAACAAAAGAAAUCAAUGGAAGUGACAGUAUAAGUAGCGACAGUAACAAUGAUGAUAAUGAUGAUGAUGAUGAUCAAUCAAAAAAAUUAGCCAAUAUUUUUGCAACUACAUCACGUUUAUCACAAUUUGAAGCCUACGCUAGCGAUCAACCACUUAAUACACUAGAUGAAGUUGAUGGUGAAUAUGAAGAAGCAUUAUCAGAUCCACUUGAACAAAAAUCUAAUAUAACGAAAUCUACUGGUGGUGAUGAUGAACCAUGGGAACUUGAAGAUAGUGGUGAAGAAAAAGUAAAACCAAUACCAGCAAUAAUAUCACAAAAAUAUGAUUCAUAUGAUAAUGUUCCUUUGGAUUCUCCAGUAUUAAGAGUAGCAUCAAAAUUACCACCAAAAAAAGAAGAAUUCAAACAUAAAGAAGAAAGUACUGACGACAGUGAACAGGAAAAUUAUGAUAAUUAUUUUGAUAAACAUAAACCAACUGAAGAUACUAGUGAAACACCAAUAUCAAAAACUGUACGAUUUGAUGAAAAUAUAGAAAAAGUUGCUGUUUUAACACCACAAGAUAGUCUUGACGGAUCAGCAGCAUCAACUACAAGUAGUGAUACAGAUGACAUUGAAGAUGAAGAAGAUACAACACUGAAUUUUCAAACAGUUAACGAUCGAAUUACUGAUUAUAUGAGUGAAAAAGAAACAAAUAAGAAAGAAACUAAUGAGGAUAAAACAGAUGAAGUUACAACACGUAAUACUACUCAUCCACCAGAAACUCGUAUAACAUCAACAGAAAGUGAAGAUUUACCACCACCAUUACCACCGUUACCACCAUUAAAUAAAAAAUCAUCUACUUCAUCGGAUAACAUUCCAUUAAAAUCAACAACUUCAUCAUCACCAAAAUCCAAUAGAGACUUAAAACGUACAAUAAAUUUACGUUCUGAAUCAGAAAUGACUCCAACUAUGCAAACAACAACUGAUGCAAAAUUAUUAAGUGAUACAGAUACACCAAUGGUUCGAUCAUUUGAAUCAGAAUUUGAUAUUUUUGUUUUCUAUGAAAAUUAUCAAUUAAAAUUUUUAAUUAAAAUAUUUUCAUUCGAAUUAAAUAAUCUUUUAAAUUAUUAA